ACUGCAGGGCUCACAUUCAUUCCUCUCAGUCUUUAGAGGAACACCAGCAGCAUCACCAGCAGCCCUUAAUAUACCGUCUGCAUCACGGAGGAGAAACUGACGCACACUCCAGCAAGAGAUUUCCAGUUUAAUCCAUCAUGUCUCCAGCAGGAGGAGCGUUCACUGUCUUGCUCUUAGUUCAGUGGGCUACAGUAAUGUCACAAGACAUGAGUCCAUCUCCAAUGCCAGACUUCAACAUGACCUUCCCUGCAAUACCCCAAAACUUUGAGGAUGUUGCCAAGAAACUGAUGACCAAGUGUUCCAAACAAGGUUACCCUCCACCCCACAUGAUGAUGAUGUCCUCUAUGAACAGCACAAUGACAGGGCUGGAGGAGAGGAUGGGAAAUCCCUUCUUUCUUUUUCCUGCAGUUCUUUCCUCCCUUCUUCCACUGUCUGGAAAUCAAACCCAACCACAACCCAACAUGACGGACCAUUUUCAAAUGAACAUGUCCAUGACCAUGACAGAGAAGAUGUGGAACUGCACAAAUCUGCCUCACAUGAUCAGCAUCAUGAGGAACGCUACGGAGAAGGAUUACUGCUUCAUGCGGGCGUUUCUGGCUCCGCUCUCCUGGGCCAGUGUUCUUCAGAACAGCUCUCAGUUCAGUUCAGAGCAGAUGGGUUUACUGCUGUGGGCGGCCAAACCUCUGCUGGAGGCCACGCCCCCUUCUCCUCUCAGCCUCCCCCCCACCCUGCUUAGAGCUCACCUGGUGGAGAUGAUGAAGCUGUUCAGCGAUGUGUUCAGCUCCCUGUCUGAGAAACAGAGGGAUCAGAUCAGGCAGUGGAUGAAGGACAGAAUAGCAGAAAAUGAUCCCCUCUGUCAGACAAAUCAAACCCAGCCCAGGAUCCUUUCUCCCGCUUCAGAGAAUCCAUCAUCUCCUCCAAAUAAACCUGGACCAGUAACGGACACCCCAAACCCCCCCAAUGGGCCUUCUUCUGGAUGCCCACGAAUGCCAUGGUUGAAGGCUGAGGCGCUGAGGAUGAUGGGACGCUUUGUGUCACGCAUGUCUGAGUCAGAUAUAAAAGCAAUCGUCACAGAGGAGCUGUGCAAGUUUUUCCACACUCCUGAGUUCCCGUAUUCGUUCACUAAACCCGACGGGAUGCAGCCGUCUAUUGGCCGGAUGCUGCUGCAGCGGCUGAAGAGAGAAUGUUCCAGUAGUGACCAGGUCCUCCCACCCCAAAUGGAGAGGCUUGGCUCUCUUAUCUGUUUCUUUGAUGACGCCUCAUCCCUGAACAGCUCUCAGAGUAAGACUCUGCUGAUGCAGCUGGGGGACUGUGAUAACACCGAUAAUGAUCAGAUGAAGCGGGACUUAGCGAAGAAGGUGUUAGCAGACAUUGAUGCUCCUGUAACCCGGGAGUUCCUGAAGUCUCUGGGUUCCAGCGUGUCCGUCCUGCCUCCCUCCAAACUGACCAGCCUCACUGCUGAUGAUCUGAGAGACGGUCUUUCCAGCCUGAGUCAGGCCAAGUGGACGCUAGCUCAGGCCAAAGUCCUGGCCAAGAAACUGCUGGAUAAGAACAUCACUGGUGAGAGUCUCUUGUCUCUGGGCUCCAUGGUGAUUGGGGUGGACGUAGAGCAAUUGAGGAAGUGUAAAGGUCUGGAAGGAAUGCUGAAGAAUGAAGGAAUGAAGAACAUGACUGAGAAGAUGUCAUUUUUGCAGAAAAUGGCUCUGGUUGAGGGGAUGCGCUCCAGUUUGAAUGCGUCUGAUUUGGUGAAGAACGUGCCGGACUCUCUCCUCCCCGUCAUCUCCCUCUUCAUUCUGGAGAAAGCAGGAAUUGUUUCAGUCGACCAGGUGGAGGGUCGCAGCUGGUCCCGCACACAGUCGGUUUACAUUAUGAAGAAGGUUUUGGGUGAAGGGAUAAAACGUGAAUAUGUGCGGAAGCUGGGCCAGGCUGUUCAGGGCGUAACGUGCAGCAUGGUGAACAACGUCAGUCAAAAUGACACCAUGGAAAUAGUGCAAACCCUCACCAGCUCGUCUAACUGGUUAUCUCGAACACAGAUGAGCUGCAUCGCUCAGAAACUGUUUCAGACUCUGGAGAAGCAGAGGGCUGGAUACUUCAUCAACAUCACUGACUCUGAGCUCCAGGCCAUUCCAGCUCUGCUGCUGAUCCAGCUGCCAAUAAAGUCGAUUCAGGGUCUCCCAGCCUCAGUUUGUCCUCGAUUCCUGGAGAAGAUGAGUCAGACCAACCUGUCCUCCCUGCCCAACAGUUCACCAUCACGCCGUGAGCUGAGAGACAGAGCGCUCCGCUGCCUGGGGAAGAACGCUUCUGCUCUGUCCACGUCUGAAGUUCUGUCUCUGGGUCCUCUGGUGUGUGAGUUGGAUCCUGCGUGGAUGUCGUCUCUGAGUUCAGCAGUUCUAAACUCCACUCUGCAGGCUCUGUCCUCCUGUUUCCACAUCCCCCGCGCCAACAGAGCCCCUCUGUUCAAACUCAUUACCGGUGUUUAUGGGGAUCAGUCAGUUUGGUCAGAAGAUGUUAUAAAAUUAUUGGGACCCCUGGUCUUACUGAAUGAGACUGCUGUUGAGAUAAUGCCAUCCAAGUCCUGGAUGAAGUCGCUUCUGUCGGAUCUGCUGGACGGGAUUCAGAGUCAGCCUGCAGCUUCAGCUCCAGAGGAGUUCCGCCUGUGGCCUAAUCUUUUAGCCCUGCGGCAAAAACUGUUCCAGCUGAAAACCAGCCCCACCCAGCAGCGCCGCAGGAGAGCAGUUGCUCUCGUACUGCAGCCUUAUACAUCACUUAUAGAGGAUCUGAAAGAUGCAAACGUGUACUGGAGUCCGACUCAGCUCUCCAACAUGACCGCCCUGACUUUCAGAGAGACCGUACAAGUGCUGGGAGAGAUACGCAACUACACUACAGACCAACUAGCAGCGCUCAGGAUGAAGGUUCAUGAGGUUUACGCUAAUGUAUCAAACCUGGAUCAGCCUCAGAUUGUGGAACUGGGCUGUAUAUCUCAAGGUUUCACCACCAAAGAACAGCAAAGUCUGAAUAUCACCUCCCUGGAUACCCUGAAACAACUGUCUGCCUGCCAGUGGAACCAAACACAGAUUGCUACUAUCUGGCAGAGUUUUGCGGAGAGAACCAAAACAAAGAUGGCCGACCUCAGAGCAGUGGAGAUGGUGGGUCUGGGGAACUUUAUCUGUGGACUGCAGUCUGACCAGAUCGAUCAACUCAAUACUACAGAAUUCAAGGAGGCGGUGGAGGAUGUAGGGAAGGCGGCGUGUUCUUUAACUGUUCUGGAGUCUCUGAAGAAGAAAGCUGUAGCUGCACUUGGUCUUCCCAAAAGCUGGGGUGAACCUGAAGUUUGCGUGAUGGGCAACAUAAUCGCUGGUUUGAACAGCACUGAGUUGGCCAGUAUGAACUCCUCCGUCCUUCCCUUCAUCCGCCAGCAGACCAUCCCUCUCAUUUCUCCAGACCGUCUGGCUGCUCUGUCCAUCACCCAGCUGAAAGCUCUGGGUCCUGAUAACGCUGCCAUGAUAACAGCGUCUCAGAGGUCAGCGCUGCGAGUGGAUCAGCGGGCCGCAGUGGACGAGGCUUUAGGAGUGGCUACACCCCGCACUGAAACCAGCACCAGCGCCCCGAUAGCCGUGCCCCAAAAAGCAGGGGCCGCAGAGCGCAGUGUGUUUGGGAUCGCAGUGCUUCCUGCUGUACUGGUGAUGCUGGGAUUCAUCCUCUGAGGGAACCAUACUGAACAUCUCACCGGGAAUAUUUACAUCUGAAUUACUCACAGCUAUACAGCUCAAUGCUAAUGCUAAAGUUCUGUGCUAAUAUUCUUAACUUAGCUUAGCUUAGCUAAAAUUUCAAAAAAGGGCCUGAUGCAGUUCAGUUUCAACAAAUAACAAUACAUCAAGCAUUUCUCCCUUUUGAGAGAAAU